AUGGGAGCGGCGGUGCUUCCAGUCCUCCCGCUUCCUCUCCCCACCCCCGGGCCGGGCGGGCGGCAACGCUGCACCCGGCGGGCAGAGCGCGGCCCCUUCUCCGCCUCCGCGGCAACACCUGCGGGGAGGGGGAUGCCGUUGGGCGGCCGCCCCCCUGGGCUGGCAGGCGGGCCGGGCCCGGGGCCGCCCAUUCGAGAGCGAGAGGAAGAGAAAGGAGCGGGAGGAGAGCGGGGAAGUUGUGUCUCGCCGGGAGCCGGAGCCAUGAGCCCCGCCGGGGGGGCGCGGGCCGCCCCCUCGUUGCUGUUCUCGUUGCUGUUGGCGGCCUCAGCCCCGCUCUGGCUACGAGCGGAGAAGAUGGGAGAUGGAUGUGGGCAUGUGGUGAUGUAUCAGGACAGCGGGACCCUGGCAUCCAAGAACUAUCCUGGGACAUAUCCAAACUACACACUUUGUGAAAAGAAAAUCCAAGUACCUCAGGGAAAACGCCUGAUCUUAAAAAUUGGAGACCUGGAUAUUGAAUCACAGAAGUGUGAAUCCAGCUACCUUACCAUCCUGAGUUCUUCAACGAUGCAUGGACCCUACUGUGGUAAUAUGAUGCCUGUCCCCAAAGAAAUCAUUUUGGACAGCAAUGAAGCAACUAUCCACUUUGAGAGUGGAUCCCAUAUAUCAGGACGAGGCUUUCUGUUAUCUUAUGCCAGCAGUGAUCAUCCAGAUCUAAUCACAUGUCUGGAACGAGCAAACCACUAUACAAAGACUGAAUACAGCAGGUACUGUCCUGCUGGCUGCAGAGACAUAGCAGGUGACAUUUCUGGGAAUAUAGAAGAAGGAUACAGAGAUACCUCACUGCUGUGCAAGUCGGCGAUACACGCAGGUGUUAUUGCAGAUGAACUGGGCGGUCAGAUCAGUGUCACCCAGCAGAAGGGCAUCAGCCGCUAUGAAGGCGUUGUCGCCAAUGGUAUCUCCUCACAUGAUGGUUCGCUGUCAGAUAAGCGGUUUAUGUUUACUUCAAAUGGCUGCAAUAGAUCUCUCAGUCUGGAAGAAGGAUUCCUCUCCAAGAGCCAGAUCACUGCAUCCUCCUACUGGGAGGAGACCAACGAAUUUGGACAGCUAUUCCAGUGGUCUCCUGACAAGGCGUGGCUUCAAGUCCUGGGACUGGCUUGGGCCUCUAACCACAGCAGUAGUCAUGAAUGGUUGGAGAUAGACUUGGGAGAGAAGAAGAGAAUAACAGGGAUCAAAACCACUGGUUCUGGACCCACUAUGCAGAAUUUUAAUUUCUAUGUAAAGACAUUUAUACUGAACUACAGAAAUAACAACUCGAAAUGGAGAACUUACAGAGGAAUUCUAAGCAAUGAAGAAAAGGUAUUCCAAGGCAACUCUGACUCUGGUGACGUUGUACGUAAUAAUUUCAUUCCCCCAAUUGUGGCCCGUUAUGUGCGAAUCAUUCCUCAGUCUUGGAACCAACGGAUAGCAUUGAAGCUUGAGCUGAUUGGUUGUCGAAUAAUGCAAGUGAAUAGUUCAUUUACACAUUCAAUGUGGCAAAAAACAAGUCAGAGCACAGAAACCUCCCUUGGGAAAGAAGACAGAACUGUUACAGAGCCCAUCCCAUCAGAAGAAACCAAUCUAGGCUUAAAGCUUACAGCUAUAAUUGUCCCAGUCCUCAUAGUGCUGUGUCUGUUCCUGUUCUCUGGAAUUUGUAUCUGUGCAGCCCUACGAAAGCAAGAAGCCAAAGGACUUUCUUAUGGAUUAUCCAAUGCUCAGAAAUCAGGUUGUUGGAAACAGAUCAAGCAGCCCUUCACCAGACAUCAGUCAACUGAAUUUACCAUUAGCUAUAAUAAUGAGAAGGAGACACCACAAAAACUAGAUCUGGUCACAAGCGACAUGGCAGAUUAUCAGCAGCCUCUCAUGAUCGGAACUGGGACAGUAACGCGGAAAGGAUCUACUUUCAGACCCAUGGACACAGAAGAAGAGGGAAGAAGGGGGAGUGCAGAGUUUGAAAACCACUACCACUGCCCGCACAGAGCCAACCGGCACGAGUACGCUCUGCCCCUGACCAGCCAGGAGCCUGAAUAUGCCACCCCCAUCAUCGAGCGGCACGUCACCAGAGAAAAUAACUUUCCCUCUGAAAAUGGCUACAACAUACCUGUAAUAUCCUCACAGAAACAUUCCCUUUCUGCCGGCAGUUUUUCUGGCUCAUGUAAGACUGAUACCAGGAAUGGAGACUAUCAGACACCCCAGAGCGUAAUAAACUACGACAAACCUAAAGCCAACGGUAUUCUGACCUCUGUGAGCUAUAGUACGGACUACCAGAAACCUCAGGCGAACGCGCUAGGGAGUGAGGGUUACUCAACACCCAGAGACUGCCUGAACCCGAUAAGCCAGACAGCAAUGACAGCUCUCUUGUGAUCCGCUAAGCAAGAGAGACGCGGUGCACAGGAAUGUCGCAGCGCAGCUUCCAAAGUGAAAACAGAGUUUUAAAGGAUUCUGCUGCAGAAGGCAGAAGGCAAACAAACCCUGUGUACAUAAUAUUGCAGUCUUGCUGGGUUCUGACAUCUGAAGAAAGCAUAUGCUGUUUAUCACUGUUUAUAUCAAAAGAGAUGUUAUCAGUGAAGACUGUAUAUCUUAUUUCUGUAACUGAUCUCAGUGCUCCGUUUGCAACGUGUGCAAUUUGUACAUAGCUUUUAUUUAAGGAGAGUUUCUUAAGUUUUCUUUUCACCUGUGGAAUUGAAAGGACAAAAAAAAAAACCAAAAAAACAACAAACCAGCUUCUGCAGAAAUAGCUCUCUCUCUAUUCCACCUCUGUUGUAGUGCAGCUGUAAAUUGUGUAUCUUACAGCUGAUGUGGUUCAGUUCCUUUCCUCUGAAAACUGAAGAUCAUCAUUAUAGUUCCUCUUGGGAGGGCAGAAGUAAAACUGCUUGAAGCGUGAAGUGCACAAGAGAAGGCAGCUGAGCAUUUAAAUACCAUGCUCCAUCUCACCUGCCCAGCUGCCUUUCAGCAGCAAUCUAUAGAUGCUUGAAUUUGACCUAGUGUAUGAGCUGAGCCUAACUUGCUAUUCAUAUCAAGUACAGGUAGAAAAGAUGGAACAAGCUUUGGAUUCAAGCCAUAGCGAUCACCUUGCAGACAUAUCUGCAAUAGAAACAUGCCAAUCUGCUUUAUCAUUGAAUGUGUGUGGAACUAUAAUGUGAAUUUACAGCUAAGAAUUGAAUCCUGUUCAGGCCCUACCUGAUGUUGUUAAUGCUAAACUGUAAGAAAAAUUGUUCCUGGACACAAAGCAGCUCUUCAUUGCUCCACUGGGUAUUUUUCUGUUUGACUAAAUAUUUCAAAUGGAAAUACUACACUAAAUUUGUACAACUAAAAGACAACAUGGGUAUGGUUCAGUGUUGUGCUUCAAUGCAAGACAGUGGCUCAGCACAGUUGUGCUCAAAUAGGUUUUCUUUUGCAGCAGAUGUUACUCAAUUCUAGUUUUGGACAAACUUGAAAAAGCUUGGGGUUGGCUGCAAUGCACAGCUGUUAGCUCCUCUUUCAGCAAAGGUGUCAUUGAAGCCACAAGCUUCAGGUCGGGACUGCAACCAUCCUUUGCCCUGCAGCACUUGGAGCCUUACCUUGAAUUUGAAUGUGUGUCUCAGAAUAUCAAAAAGUUAUAUUUUUCCAAGAGAGAAGAAUGGUGCUACAUUUAAGGCACAAGGUUGGGAAAUUAGCCCGGUAAAACGUGAGCUCUUGGAAAGUCAGUAUUUCAAGGCCUUGUGUGUUUCCUUGUGUGUAAGCUGGGGAUCAUUUGCAAAGGACGCAGCAAAGAUUUCUUGUUUGUUCACAAAGUGCUUUAAGAGUACAUAAAAGCUGUAAGUGAUACUAGGUACAAAUAUUGCUAACUUGAGCCAUAUCUGACCUUAAGAACAGCUCUCAGUGGGUUCUUCGCAUUUGCUUGUUUUGUGGCCUCAGUGGUGCAGUUCUGUCAUGCCAAAGCACAGUGCAUGCGACUUCCGUGCAAAGAAGAAAGAGUUGAGCUAACCUUGUAGUCCUCCUGCGUUUGCUGUCAAUACAGUUUCUGUGAAUUGUAUAAAACACCUCAGGUUCUGAAGCGAAGCAGCAGCAGCCUGUUUAUUAGACCGAGCUGGGUGGUGUUGUUUACCUUCUGUUGUUUACAUGUCUAUGUAAAUAAAGAACACUGGUAUUUGUAAA